GCUAUUUUAUCAUUGAUAGUUUUAAGGAACACAGUCAAUAUAGCGGCGUCUUAUUUUUCCCAAAUAUAUUAGGUCUAUAUUCAAGGAAUAUAUAAUAUUCGUAUUGAACGAUGGCAAAAUCAGUUGUUGAUCACGGCGUAGUGGGAGGAUCCUGCUCAUCAAGCUCAGUGGGCCUGCCGUCUAUUUCUUUACCUCACAUCACGCACCAUCCCGACUCUUGGACCAGGGUUGCAACCAACAACAUGCACCUACGGAAUCUCCAUCAAGUCGAUCCCUUCCGGGCAUGGCAAUGUGACAUACAGAGUCAGAUUUCUUGUAUUUCGGAGAAAUUGAGGUCAUCUCUUGAAGAGAACCCCAUUCCUGGAACCAACGUUUCACCUUAUGCACCAGUACAGCAUGACUUUGAAGAAACAAGACUUACAUACACUCGCAAGACAACGCCCCAGUUAAGAAAUGCGCUUACAUUUGGUCAAGGACGAGCAUAAAUAUUGGCCCUUUUGCUAAACACAAUUCAAUCAAGUUGCAUUGUUUUGGGUUAAAUUCCAGCCUUUGAUUAUAUAUAUAUAUUCAAUUACGCAAAGAAGUUGCCAUGAAAAUCGGACCCACGCGAUCGAGUGUCAAAAAUGAACACUGUCCGAAGAAUAUAGGGCCUACACAAGACUAUCGCCAAAUGAUUUUCCUUAAGAAAAAGAUUUUAGAAGCAAAGCAAAAAUAAUAAUACAGUAUUAGUGCAUUGUUUUAUCUUAAUGUGGGUGUGGUUGUUUUGGGUGUGGGCGCUAGUACAGCCUGUAUGCAUAAUUGCUUGAAUGUUUUAUCGGGCUUCCGUUUUGCAUUUCAGUGUGUUACAUUGGUUUGUUUGUUUUUUUUACCUAUGUUACUAAAUUUUAAUAAUUAAUAAAAUCUUGCGUUAUACAGUGACGUUUAACACUGAA